UCAGGUAGAAGAACCUAUGAGCUAACUUUUCACAAGGAACACAGAGAUAUUAUGCUGAAUCUGUACUUGACAUACAUUUUGGAGCAAGAAAAGGCCAUUAAAGAAGAAAGAAGGGUUCAACGGUUUCAAAAGUACCGCAACAGACAGUGGGAAUUGGACGACACAUUUGAGCACACAACAAACUUCAAGAUCCUGGUAAUGGAACCAUAGCUGAAGAAAAUACUAUUGGAUGAUUUGAACACCUUCAUGAGUGCUCAGGAAAAGUACAGAAGAAUUGGGAAAGCUUGGAAUCGUCGGUACUUGUUAUGUGGCCCUCCUGGCACAGGCAAGUCAGGCUUGAUUGCUGUCAUGGCUAAUCACUUGAAUUAUGACAUCUACCAGCUGGAUCGAACAUAUUUUAAUAUUCACUACAUCAUGCAUCACGAAGUCCCUAGUAAAUCAAUUUUGGUGUUCAAGGAUAUUGAUUGCGAUGUCGAGCUACUAGAUCAAGAAUAUGAGAACGGACCAGAGAAUUAUGAUGAGCAUAAGAGGAUGAUGUCUAUGUUCCUCGAAGCCACUAAUGGACUAUGGUUAUCUUGCAGCAACGAACGCAUUCUCGUUUAUAUGGCCAAUAACAAAGCAAUGCUUUAUCCAGCUUUACUUCGUCGCACGGACAUGCACAUUAACAUGUCAUCUUGUACCAUCUCUACAUUCAAGCAACUAGCCUUCCAGUAUCUAGCAGUUCAACAUCAUAAAUUCUUUGAAGAAAUUGAAGGGCUCAUAGAGGAUGUUGAAGUCGCCCUUGAAGAAGUUUUACGACAAUAAAUGAAGAGUAGUGGCAUAGAAGCUUCUUUCCAAGGCCUUGUUAAAUUCCUUCAUGACAAGAAAUUUAAUCUUGAAAAACCUGAAACCAGCAUGAAAACUGAAUCUAUAGAAUAGAAACAGGGGAUGAAAAGAUCAUCGGCUAGUAGAUUGGAAAGGGCUAUAGAAGGUGGAGACAUCUCAAGGUUAAGAACAUGAAUGAAGUGGAUUCUAAAGCACAGACAUGCUCAUGAGUUUGUUCAGUGGAUGGGAUGGUUCGAAUUUGUUUAUAGGAUUUAGGGAAGAAUGCCACAAUGUAAGCUUGGCAAACUGGAAAACUAUCUGAAAGCUCUAAA